AUGGGAAAUUGCAAAUCGUAUUCCGCGAACUUCAAAGCUUAUAAAAACAACACAAAUGAACUGUACGAAAAUUUAAUAUGCCACUUUGUGAAGGAGGAUAACCUUAGCUUCUGCCAGAAGGCCUUCGUCAUAUAUGAAUUCCUAAAGAGGAAGCCCGAAAGUAAAGAUGAGUGCGUAUACUAUGUCGCGCAAUGCGCGAACAGGAAAAAGGUGAAAAAUGCAUUGGUAUACCUAAGUGAAGAAUACAACAUCGACAUUCUGAAUUUUCUAUUGAAGCUAUUUAAAAAAAUGAACAAUGAGUACUAUAACAAUAAGAGUAAUUUUUACUUCAGUAGUUAUUAUAAUUACUUUCUGCGAGACGAGUCCAAAUUUGCCAAUUUUUAUGAACAAAUGAGCAUAAUACAGAACAUAUAUAAUUUUGUGCGUCUAAAAUAUAUUCUUGAGAAUGUUUGUCUUCAUGUGUACUUUGAAGAUGUGGAUAACUCCAGUGAGUUUUACCCAGUGAAUGAUAACAUUGUGAAAAAAACUUUUCACACGAAUGAAACAGUAAAGGAAAAGUCAAUUGAAUUAUUUCACCUGAACAAAAAGCUACUGGGGAACUUAUCAACAGAAAGAAAAAAAAUGAUAUAUUUAAUAAAAAAGAGUUUUAUAAACAUUGAAGAUUUUUGUAGAAACCAUUUAAACUGCAACGCAUUUGAUGACUUCAAAAUGGCGAAUGUUAUGUGUUUCUACAUUUUGAACAAUAAUUAUAAAAUUAAGUCAAUUUUGUAUAAUAUAUUUACCAUUUUGUUUUUUAUAAAUAAGUUUGUUUCGCUCUACGGGUCACAGAAGGGGGAUGGUGAAAAUGAACAGGCCGAAGGGAAAAAACACUUUGAUGAUAAGGUAAAGUACUCCUUGGAGCACAGAAACGUGUAUGCGACGUACUUGUUCGUCUGCUUAUGCCUAAGCUUUGAUAAGAAAAUUGAAGAAGACGCCAUCUUCAAUGCGAACAUUAAUGUAAAUCAGAAGGACGUAACCUUCGUGAAAUAUGUCAACGAGUUUUUAGACAUUUGUACCUACUCACAGAAAAAAUUAAAUAAAUUUUUUUUACAAGAAAGUAAAGAAAAGAAAAUCUACAACUGUACCAUGAGAGCUAUUAAAAAUGCGUACAUGAAUAAUAACCUUGUGAAUUCUCAUUACAUAUGGCGGAGAAGGUAUAUAAAAAGUGUGUUAAAUGUUGGGAAUAGUAAUUAUUUUAUAAAAAACAAUAUGAUAGUUUUUUGUUUUAUUUUGUUUGAAAGUUCCCGCACCGCUCUUUCGCGCACGAGUAGCAAAAAGGGCAGCAUCGAUCACCAGGGUAACAAAUCGUUCUUCGAAAUGAAUAACCGUUUGUUCCGGAAGGGGAACCAUGCUUAUGAAGAAAAAGUAACGCUACGCAGAAAGCUCUGGAGAAAGGUGGUGAGGACUAUAAAGUUCAGACACAGCAAUAAGAACAGCCAUUACUACAAUACGAAUGGUGAGGACAACGAAAACGAUAACGAGCACAAUAAUUACAACGAUAAGGAUAAUCAGAGCGAUGAUAAGUCCGAAGCAAAAACGACCCAGUCGCUCAACUCCGAAUUGAAAAGAACCGAUCAUGUCGAGUUUGACCUGAACAACAUAGCCCUUUUUAGAGUCGAUUUGUACAAGCUCAAUUUGGAAAAUAAAGACAAAUUUGAGGAAAACGUGCAGAAUUACGUAAAAUUGUACACCAUCGAAAGGAGUAAUAAUAACCAAGAGUAUUAUGUGAGUAAAAAAAUUGAAAGUCAAGCAGACCACGAGUUGGUACAGACGAUGAAAGAGAACAUGGUGCACAUAAUUAACGUUUUAAAAACCAUGAAAAAUAAAGAAAUAGGCUAUAUAUAUCCUGCCAGUUAUUACGAUGAAUCGUAUGGUAAAAUGAAAAAGGAGAAGAAAACAUUCCCAAAUGGAAGUGAGACACGAGUGGAAAGCAAUGACAAUUCUAAUCGGUCCAAAAGUACAGAUAAAACUUUUAAAAAGGAAAGAGGGGAAGACACUAAUUUGCUGAACAAAAAUUAUAACCAUUUUGGAUCGCCAAAUUAUAUGAAUGAAGAAAAUAGCACUAAACAUUUGAAUGAGUCCGAGGAGGGGAAAAAGGGACCCUUUGGUUUUACAACACAAAAUGAGCUCAAGAAACCAUUUUUCAUUGGCAUACAUGAUGCCUUCGUUCCGUUUGAAAUGGACAAACUGAUUCUGAAAGUGACCAAUUUGAAUUGUGCACAGGAGGAAGUGAUUAAGAAGGAGAAUAAACUGUACGACCAGGUGGUUAGCCACGCCAGGGGUAUCACCAAGGGAUAUGAUGAGUACGGCGGAGAGGGAAGCGGAAAGGAAAGUGAAGAAUUGUGCCAGAAUAAACAGGAGGUACUACAUGAAGGUGAUAAGUCAAAAGAGGAUAAAUCGUUAACCCCAUCGGAAGAACUCACAAAUGACAAAGGGGUGGAACCAAUAUUGAAAAGGUACAGCUUUGCAGAUAAUGCCAGACAUAUACAAAUGGCGUUGAACAAGUUGAGUCGCACCAUGAGGAAGAAUGGUGACGUGGAGACAAGCAGGGACAGCCCCAAUGGGGAUUUUUCGCCUCUCCAUGAAGCCACACGAACGGACAACAAUGUGAAAGAUGCCAAGUGCAACAAUCAUCUAGAGAAACAAAACAGGGGGGAAAUUAAUAGGAAGAAAGAGCAAGUACAGAAGGGUGAUGGUGAUGAUGAAGAAGAAGAAGAAAAUGAAGAAGGACAUCAUCAUUUGAGAAACCCCCCAAUUGAUGUGCCAAACGAUGAAGAAGAAAUAUACCAAAAUGAUACCCCAGAUAGUUUUAAAAUAUUUGUGCAACACAAACCGAUAGGGGAAAUAAGCCCCUUUGUGAAUCAAAAAUGUAUAAACAUCCAUUUUGAUAUGUUUAAAAUACACGACGGGAGAAAGAAGUUACUGCUGAGUACAUAUGUGAGCACAGAAAAGGCGGUUUCGUACAAAAUUACACUGAACAGGAAUGAGCCAUUUGAAUAUAUGAUGGAUAUGCUAUUUCUGCAUUUAAAUUAUAAUAGGCUCUACUUUGUAUACAUUCCCAAGAAAUAUAUAUGUAGCAACAGCUGCUCCAGUGGAUCCAACGCGAAAAAUAAUCCUUUCUUGAAUUUCAUGUGCUGCAGUUGUGAUAUAGUACUAGAAAAUUUAUUUAUAACCCCUGGUGAAAGUUUGAAAAAUUUUCCAAUCGAUAUGCACGUGCCUUCCUACUUCGAAAGGACUCAUUUUGUGGAGGUCAUUUUGCUUCUUCUGGUUGACAUGGUAAAGACGUACAGCAAAAUAAAAAAGCUGCAGUGCCAUUUUGACACCAAGUGUAAAGAAUUUAUAAAAAGUUUUUAUCACUAUAUCGCAAAAAUAAAAAAAAGAAACAGCAUUUUUUGUAAAGAAAAAAAAAUGAAUAUUUUAGCUAUUACGAGUGGUUUUCUCAAAAAGACAAGUGUAAAGAAUUCAGAUCAGGAUAGUGUUUUUAGCAACGAUUUAAACUUUUCGUCCAUAAUGCGUCGCUCAAUUUUUAAUGAGAGAUACGGUACCGGGAAAGAGAGCAGUAAUGUGGAGGCCAAGUUACAGAUCAUGAAUGUGUCUUCCACGCUGCAUUCGGAGCCAUGCACUAGUAACGCGAAUGUAGGGAACGACGCCACCAACGGCAGAGCUGAUAAUACCAGCGUCAGUGGGUGUAACAAUUUCGGCAUUGCGAUUGCUGAGGAAGGGGCAAGCACACUGAACAGUUGCAAUCUGGAAGGAGGAUACAAAUACAAAAAUAUAUACAUAAAAAUAAUUGACCAGAAGUUGUAUGAGUUCAUCUCAGAUUAUAUGAACUACAUAAGGGAAAACAACAGCUACUAUUACCUUAGUCCGUACUUCUUUGUGUACAAAUUCAGAGGCUUGUGCUUUUUGUGCAUCCCCGUGUGCAACAACUUCUAUUUGAUUUUCCAUCUUUUCUUUUUCCAUCUGUUCAAGUGCUCAGAUUUUUUUAACUACAAAAUAAGCUUCAGCAGAGGUACCAAUGAGGAGGAGCCUUCCAAAGGGAAUUACAUCCAGCACAGUAAUAACAACUUCUUAUAUAUUAAUAACAUAAUAAGAAUAUUAAAUGUUCAUAAAAAUAACAAAACGUACAUGAAGUACAUCUCCCUAAUGAAGGAGCCACAUAAUAUUAGUAAUAGCAUUUGCCACUACUACAAAUGGAAGAAGAAUAAAAUAAUUAUUGACAUUAGGAACUCUUUUUCGUCUCCGUAUUUUAUUCGCACAAAAAGUUUUAUCAGUUUUAUUGAGAGCACAAAUUUGCACAUAAAUCUGAAGAAGCUAUACCUGAACAAGGAUUACAUGUUUUCUCUCAAUUUGGACAAGAAGAAUAAGCCCCCGAACGAGUGCUAUUCCAACGCUAAUGAUAUAAUUUUUAUGUUUAACCAUUAUUUUAAUAUUUACACUUACUUUUAUGGUGAGAAAAACAAUAACCCAAGUAAGGAGUUGUUUCAACACAACAGGUAUAUUAUCAUUCCCUAUUUCAAAGAUGUGUACAUACGGCGUGAUAAUAUACACAUUUAUUUGAAGAUGCUGGAAGAGGAACACACAAAAGAUACGUUCAGUGAUAAAACGUGUUUGGAUGAAGAUGAAAGGAGUAGUGGCGACAUGUACGAUAAGGUGCAGGGCACUGAUAAAGAUUUAACUAAAGAAGAAGAGGAAAAGAAGGCAUAUAAAUACGCCUUUAUUUACAAUUUGUAUGAAAACUAUGGAGAUAUUUUUAUAAAUUAUUUUUAUCUUGUCUUGAAUAAAUUAAUACUAGAAAUAGUGAACGAAAUAAAAUUAAAUAAUUUUUUAAGCAUUCGAAACUUGCUACAAUUAUUAAACAAGUAUGAAGUAAAUUUUGACACCUUUUUCUGGGUUGUCUAUGACAAUUAUGUAAAUAUUUACAAAAAAUAUUGUGCUCAUGCAGAAUUGGUGAAGUUUUUUAACAAUAAUCGAAAUGAGACCAUCGAUUUUGAUUAUUUAAAAAAAAUUAAAUAUAAUUAUUGCAACAAGAAGAAGUUUUAUGUUAAAAGAAUUUUGCUAUUUUCAGUAUGUUUGUUGUUGGCCUUUAUUUGUAAACGCAUAUUAGAAUUCUUUGUGACAAAUUUGAAUUGCCCAUACGAAAGUGUAUUCAGUGGGAUUUGUCACUUUUUCUUUUCAAGCAGCAAACAGAGGGAGCCAAAUGAUAAUUUACACUUGAAUCUGCUCAAGUCGAUUUAUUUUAACUUGUUUUUGUCACUAAGUUUUGUCUUACAGUACAUUCCGCUAAACGUUCAGUACUUAAAUUUGUUUAAAAUUAUAAGGAAGGUUAAAAAGUAUAAAAUUAUUUUGGCCUUUUGUUUAAACUAUAUAUGCGGAGUAAAUUUGCCCUUUUAUAUCUUCCACGAACUACAGCAUAUGCCCCAGAAUUUGCUAAACGAUUUUUUUUCUCUGAACAAGGGGGAAGACAGAACGAACUGGUCCUGCAGCCACAUUGAAUUAAGUAACACAAAAAAUGCAAACGAAUAUAAAGAUAAAACCUGUUGCGUUCAGAAGGCAAACUUAAAAGUGAGCGAAAAUGAACACAUCGAAUGGAUAGAUGAAAAUGGCGAUUAUAACAUCCCCGACGAUUCGUUACCCUUGUGCAAAAACAAGAAGAUGAAAAAGAAAAUUUUAAAGCGUUAUCGUUACAAGGCUGAAAAGAAAAAAAAACGAAAUCUUGUGCAUCUCAUGAUAAAAAUGCAUUUUAAUGCCAAUCCACGGACAUUUACAUUUCAUGAUUUUACCCAGGCGUCAGACAACAUCCUCACGUACUUUUCCAAUAGGAACAUACAGCAUUUGAAGCAAGGCAGAAGUGCUCAUGGCGAUUUGUUCGCCCUGAUAUAUGCUCACUUUGUUAACUUUCUGUUCUCAUUUUGUCAAAGGGGAAAUUUCGGGUUAAGCGAACUUCAAAGUGGAACAAGUGUAAAUUAUUCGAAUGGCGACAUGGGGGACACAAAAAUGGUAGACACAAGUGAAUUAUUAAAUGAUGUCCAUAAAAAAGCUUCAGCCUUUUGUGAAAAUUCAAACGAGUAUUUAAAAGAGCCAGGCAUGGCGCUACACUCAUGUAACAACAUGUUAAGCCUGCGUGUCAAUUUCCCAUUUUUGGGGGUGCAUAGAUUCAUGGAAGAAAACAUUUUCCACGUGCUUCUGAACAUAAUUGAAACACAUUAUUCUCACCUACUAAUAAUUCUACCGAUAUUUAUGAAGGACAGCUUUAACCUCCUAACGUACGAUUUGAAAGUGUACCUAAUAAAUAUAUUUUUUUACAUAUUCAUUAGAACGGAUAAGUACAGAAUAUGCGACAUGAAUAAUAAAAAAAGACAAUUCACCAAAGUGGGUAAGAAUGGCCCUGUCAAGCCGAAGCAAAAUGACACAUUCCGCGUUUGCCGCAGGAACGAUAUGUCAGGUGAAACCAGUGCAAAGGAUUUUUUCCUGAACAACGCAUUGGAUUAUUCGACAAGGAACUACUUAGAAAUAAUAAGAACAGAAGGAAGGUAUGCUCUAAGUGAUAACCCUAAUAUAGAUGAGUACGAAUAUGGAUGCAGAAACGAAGCCGAAACGGGAAAUGACGAAACUGAGUACGAAACUGAAAAUAAAAGGGACACAGAAAAUGAAGCAGAAACGCAAACCGAAACUGAUACCGACCUAGACGGAGUGAACAAAUGUGCAAAGGAACAUGCAAUUUUUGAAAGGGAAGAUUCGAUGGGCAAUAUGAAGGAAAAGAUUAAAAUGAUCCUGCUAGAGAAUGAUUACAAUGUGUACUUAAUAGAAUUUUUCUUUAAAAUUGUUUUGAGGAUAAUUCCAUUUUUUAAACAGAUGAACAACAAUAAACACCCAAGCUCAGCUAAAUCGAGUAUUAUUUACAACGUUAAGAUAAUACUAAGUUUUUUUAGAUCAUUUCAGAACGUCAUUUUAUCCAUGAGAAAUAAUUUUCAUAUAUUUAUUUACUACUUUUUCAUAAAAGGUUAUAUAUCCCUUAUGUUGAUGAACACGCAUAGAGCGCUGAAAUGUUUUAAGAAAGUUUUUGUCCUCAUCGUAUUCUUUUUUGGAAACCCCAUAAACUCCAUAAACAGUCACCCAUUUUUAGUAUACGUUACGUACAUUUUGUAUGUGCUAACACUUUUAUCCAAGCUGAACGUGGUAAAUUUUCAUGAACAAGUAACGCAAGAGGAAAACAAAAUUAUUACAGAUGACACACAUGAAAAAAGGUCCACGGAUCAGAGUGAUAGCAUGAACAAUGAGGAGCAUGCAGGUAGUCACCCACGAGAGAAGAAAGAAUUAGUGGAGGACAACGAAGAAAGGGGGGGAAAAAACAUGUCAUUGAAGGAAGACAAUGCUCCGCCCAGCAACGCGUGGCUGAAACAAAAAUAUGAAAUAUGGAUGUACCUGGAAAUAAUUCGCACCAUUAAGAGAAAUUAUGUAAAGUUUAACAACAACAUAUAUUUAGUUCCUUUGAAUUAUUUAUUUAUAAACAUGAAAAAACUUUUUAACAAAUAUUUGGACGAAUUAAAGAGGGUUCACAAAAUUCAAAAAACGGAUGAUAAGGAUAAAAUGGACAAAAAUUUUAAAAGAAAAAAGGCAAGUUUACCGAAGAAAGAAAAACUUGAAGAUAACUCCGUAUUAAAAGAAAUCAAUCUAAACGACAAAUUGGAAGAUAAGAGCUUUCUUAUAAACAUUAAUAACAGCUUUGUGUCCUUGUACCCGACAGUUCAAAAUGUGAGGGUACCCAAGGUGUACCGGAAGGGGGGGGAGAUGGAUAAGUCAUUCCCAUCGACCGCAGAUUUUGUGAAAAGGACAAAUGUGUCUGAACAGAAGGCGAGCGCUGAUGAGAAAAGUAGGGGAAAAAAAGAAGUCCAACAUGUUGAUGAACCCAAGGAUGUGAAACGUGAUCAUAAGGGAGGUGAACAAAGAAUGGAAGCAAAAAUGGCACCAAACGUGGAACAAACUGUGGAAGAACAGCCAAAUGUAAGGCAAAAGAAGGAAAAGAAAAACACGCACAUGAACAUGAACGCGAGUGAUUGGCCAAGAGAUGGUUUGCCCGCGCAGAAGGAAGAAACCGUGAAGGACAAAUGCGCAAAAUCGGUUUACGCCCGUGUUGACAAAAAGGAUACUAGCAAUCUGUUAUUGUAUAACCUAAUUUAUAUUAACAAAAUGAACAGAAAGUUGAACAAGUGCAAAUUUGUUUCCUUUAAUUUUAAGUACGACCAUUAUAAAAAAGUAAUAUCAGAUUAUAGCAAGUAUUACAAAAUAAUAUUGGACACUUUUAAGAGGAAAUUGUGCGAAUCUUACUAUGCGUACACUUUUGGAAAUAACGAAAAUGGAAGCCUUGCUAUUGGGACCCCGUCCUACCUAAAAUUGUCUCCAACUAUUGGUUCAAUGGGAUAUGAUAAAAACAAGAAAAGCGUAAAAAAGGGCACAGAUUUUUGGUUUACCAAUAAUUUGCAACUAAUACCAAUUAAAGUAAAAAAAAUGUGCAUGAAUGAAGGUAUGAUUUCAAUAAUUGACAAGAAGCAUAACCUAUACAUUGGUGGCAAUAACACUUUUUUUGAAACUAGGAAUAAAUUAAAUUUUAAAGACAAUAAUAUGAAAUUAAAAAAUAUGGAAAAAAGGAAAUUAAGAAAUAAUCCUAUAGGCAGUAAUGAAAAAAUAGAAAUUGACAAAUUCUUUACAAAUUUAAGAUUAAAAAAGAUGAAAAAACAAGAACAGAAUUUUCUGGACUAUAAUAGUUCCUCAGGAGACAGUGACAUUUUACUGUUUGGAAAUUCAUCGGGAUAUAAUGAAAUUACAAACUUCCUAAAGCCUAUGUUUCAUUGUGAGAAAUUAAUUGAUUGUUACAAGAGUGUGGAUCAUAAAGAUAAGAGCCUAUGCAACUGUACUGUGUGUUGCGCGCCGUUAAAUGUUAAAUCAGAUAACUUCAGCUCUUGCGAAAGUGAUGUGUGUUCUUCGUUCGAUAGUGAAGAUAGUGACAUGACGUAUAUUAAAGUUAGCGAUGUAGAUGAAAUAAACAAGAAUAUGAAUAUAAAUAUGCUGCUUAACCGUCAUACAGAUAAAUCCUUUUUUGUGAAAAAAAGAAAUUAUUACUUAAAAAAAAUGUCCAUAGACAAUUUUAACAUUUUUAACUCUAUACUGUAUUCAUCGUCUUAUGCAAAUCAGUAUUUAGCAUAUGUUCUACCCGACCAUAAAAGUUCCACGAAAUUAAUGAAGAAAAUUUUUAGACAAAUUUCUAAUGAAUAUUAUGGCGAAAGGGUUAGCAAUAAUUUAAAACAUGAUCCUAAUGAAACUGUAGAUGGAGAAAAAAGGAAUUAUGAUGAUUAUAAAUAUUCAAAAAAGUACAUGAAAGGACAAAAAAAAAAAAACGCUAGAGGAAACUGUAAAAAAAGUGCAACGUCAACCAAGGGCAAAAGUGAAACCAUAUUGCUAGAUAGCAAUCUUAAUCACAACAAAUUCAUUUAUAAUUUUAUUCAUGAUAUAAAAACUAGAGUAAAAUUUAUUGAUAUUUACAAUGGUGCAGAUUUUGUCAUUUCCAUAAACAAUUUUGGUCAUGUGUAUUCAUGGGGGAACAAUAAAUAUGGAUGUUUAGGGACUGGCGAUAAGAUCAACAGAUACGCGCCUACGUUAAUUAACCCUGGCCAUUUUUUUUUGUAUGAUUUUGAAAAGUUACAGAUACACACGAAUUAUAAGACAGAAAUAAAAAUAAAGGGGUCAGAAAAGAUAAAUAGCAGGUGCUCUGAAAAUAUUUUGUACAAUUCGUUAAUCCUAGAAACAAUAAAAAAGAAUAUUUACAAUAAAAAUAAAAGUUCACAAAGUGCUUUAAAGGAGAGCUCUGUAAAAUGUAAUGACUGUGAUGCAAAGUUAGUCAAUUCAGGCAAUUUACUAAAUGGAAAUAAAUACAAAGAUGAAGACUUUUUCACCCUAAAAACAAACAACAUUUACACUUCAGAAAAUAUGUUUAAUUUUGAAAAUUUAGAAGUUAAAAAUGUAGUUAUAAGCGUACACAAAAUAUAUGUCCCCAUUAGUUCUAUAUUCUGUGGAAAUAAUCAUGUGUGCGCAUAUUCAAAUGGAUCUAUAUUUAUGUGGGGAGAACAGAAGCUAGGUCAAACAUCCGUUCCUUUCGAAAACAUUUACUUUGAUAGCUUUAACAAGUCGGAGUUUUCAGAUAGUGAUUCAAAUAAUAACUAUAAACAAAAAAAAAAGGAAAAAAAGGAAAAUAGCAAAAAUAAAAUGUCAGAACUUUUAUCUUCUUCCGUAUCUUCAUCCACCACGGAAAGUUACUACUUUAAUAUGAUAGACAAGAAGAAAAUAGAAAAUAUAAAGAAUAAGUUUAACAAGGGUAAACUUUCGUUUUGCAAAAAAAAGUUCAGUUCUAACGUUGAAAAUCCCAUUCAAAAUAGUUUUAACAUCACAAAUAAUGAGAUAUUACUCAACGACAGAAAAUUAAAAUUACACUCCAAUUUAAACUCCAUGAAUAAUAUAAAAAGGAAAAAAAUGAACAACAAUUUAGUUCUUGUUCCAAUUCAAGUGUGUAUAUUUAAUUUAUCAUAUAGAGUUAAAAAGAAUGAAAAUAGUGCAAAUAAUAAAAUAACCAGUAUGGAUUCGAUCGAGGCUAAUGAUACGUGCAGUGUACAAAAUUUAAUAAAUUUACAUUGCAAUUUACAUCAACUGGAAAAUGAUGAUGAUAAUGAUAAUAACAGAAACGUUAAUAAAAGCUCGCAAAAAAAAGUAGAACCACAAAAUAGCAAUUUAAAAAGAAAAAACAGCUAUAUUAGGAUAUUUGAUUAUCUGGAAACUUUUAUAAAAGCAGAAGUAGUAAACAUCUACAUGAGUCUUUUUAGAAAUGAUAUAAAUAUCUACACCAAUAUCCCGAACAAUAUUAACAUAAAUCCUUAUAUUUAUGGAAUGAAAUUUUAUGAUUACAACUUUUACGAUGAAAAGUAUAUGAAUGUGCAAGACUACUAUAGUGAAACGCAUAACAGAAAAGAGUGUACACAUAACAGUAAUAAAAAAUUCAACGUUUCAAAUGAAAAUUAUUGUAAAAAUGAGCGUGUUGAUUUAUAUAAAAAAGGAAAUGAUGAAGAGGGUACUAAUAAAAAAGAUUAUGGCAAUUCGCUAAAUUCACAAAAAAAAAUUGACAUUCUUAAUGUUGAUGAUCCAAAUAAAUUUGUAAAAUUAAUGAAAGAAAACGAAAUUAUUAAUCCACAGAUUUACGAAUAUAUCGAGAAAGAAGAAACUGUAUGUAUCAAUAUUAAACUAAUCAUCUUUUUAUUUUUAUUUGUAAAAAAAAAGUACAUGACGAUUUUCUUGAACAGUAUUUUAAUGGUGUCCAAUGUAUCAUGUGGGGAGGCAAAUACUGUAAUAACGUGCUUUAAAAAAAGCAUAUAUGAUAAAUAUUAUCAAUAUAUAAUGAAAAACAUUACUUGCUCAGAGAAUUAUAAGCAUAUGGAAAGUGAGAAAAUGAAGUCAAAAAUGAGUAAGAACUUUCCUGAAUGCUAUUUGAGCUCAGGAAGUGAAUUAAGCGAUUUCAUAUAUAGAAAUGACAUAUAUGACAUUAAAAAUUACACCAGCACAAUUGUAAAUUGGGGAGAUAAAUCAUUUGAUGAAUUUAAACUCAUGGAUUCAACCUAUUCGUGUUCCGACACAUCACGUUUAUAUCGUAUGAUAGAAGAAAUGCUGGCACACUACAUGUGCAUCUAUGUAUGUGGCAGGGAUACAAACAAUAACUUAUGCAUAAAUAACAUUAACCAAAGUGUGUACACCUUUACCCGAAUCAGUAAUAACUUUUUUUACUACAAUUUUAAUAAUUUUUUAUUCUUGUACAAGUACAAUUAUUACCUAUAUUAUAUACACAAAAAUAACGUUCAUAUAAGUCAUAAUAACGACACAACGCAUAUACAGAAUAAUCCCCUUACAACUUUUAAGAAUAGAUUUAAUACAUUUGGAAAUAAGGAAAAUAAUACAAAUAUAACAAAUUCGAAAGCUGAAGGUAUUUCUCCAAACCAGUUUAUAAUAAUAAAAAAAAUUGUCUGUAGCAACAUUGUAACAUGUGUGCUUGACAUCCACAAUAAUAUAUACAUGGCAGGGGACCUGAAAUACUAUUUUCCUAAUUAUUUUCAACACAUGGCCUAUGGAUCAUCACCUUUUAUUAACAUUAAUUUGAAUAAUACGAAGACCAUAAAGAACAUAUCCAUUAAUGAAAAUAAUAUAUUUCUGAUUUAUGAUGACAAUUCUUUAAAAAUAUUAGGUUAUAAUGAUUACAUUGAUUUUUUCAAAUAUAACCACCCUGUAUUUUUCACUAAUAAGCAUAACCAGAAGCACCCUUACAAUAUGCUAACAAUACAAAAUUCCGAUUUUUUAGUAAAACAGGUGCACGCUGGAAAUAAUUCUGCUGUUUUUGUUAUGAAAAAGAAAAGAGGGAAGAAAUUUCCCAAAAAAUCAAUUAAGCAUUUUAAUUAA